AUGCAGUGCUCGAUGGUGGCGUCUAGGGAAUUUGUCGCGGUGUGGAGGUGUUUGGAGGGCGUGGGAGGUGGGUUAUUGGGGUCGGGCGACCCGGUAAGAAGAAAAAGUGGUCCAUCCCUUAGAAACCUAGCAAGUACUGUGAACCCAACUUUGUUUCCACCACUGUCAAGUCAUGAAGAUGAAAGUAUGGUGAUGGAAGAAAUUUCUACACAACAGUCCCAGACACCUUUGAUGGCCACAAUGCAAAGAUCAACUCCUGGACCAUCCAUGUAUGAGCAGUUAGUCAGAGGAAACCCAGUGCAGCCUACAAAAGCCACACAUGGAGUUCAAAUCAGAGGGCCUCCUACAUUUACUGGAGAGAAAACUGUUUUUUUUGUGGGAAGCAGCAUUACAUUAGCUCAUGAAAAGGUUGUAGUUGAUAAGCGGAAAAAGUACUUGGUACUUAACAAAAAAGGUCAUGGCAAUGACAAACUGAAAAUUGAGUUUCUUCAAUUUCUUGUUUUCUUCAUCAAACUUCAGAACCUCGAAUUUUUCAAUGUCAGCACUCUUACUCGAUUCUUCUAUUUCAUUCAAUCUCCUGAGCAACCCAGGAAUUAUUUGUUGAGCACGGGCACAAAGAGGAGGAUCGACCCAUCCAAAAAACUUGCAUCCUCCUCCCUGAAUUCCAGCAAAAAUAAAAUAAAUAAAUAA